UGGUCAAUCUAUGAUGUAUUACAGUUUGAAUGAUCAAAAUUCGAUAUCUGGACUAAGAUAUGAAAUGCAACAACUUGAGAACUUUGGAAUAUCUACGCCAAGAUAUCCUCUUUCGUAUAUUGAGUACGUAAAACUCGAUACUGAUGGUCAUUUAAGGAUGUACCAGUAUUUUACAAGAGAAAAAUCUAGCACCAAUGUUGUUGAUAUGGUUACCUCGGAUUGCAAAAAUAUUUCUUCAAACAGAUACCAUCUGAUGCAAGUAAGGAACAUUGCUUACUCCAUCAACAUUUCAAAGGAUGCAAUUGAAGCUGGUCAGCAAAACACAUGUUUACUAGCCUGUCAGCGAAAUUGUUCUUGCAAUGCAGCUGUCUUCAUCCAUGAGAAUGAUAUUUCAAAUGGAACUUGUUAUUUUCCAUCUGAGAUUGUUUCUGUUGGAGAAGAACAAACAACAGAUAGAAGAUCAGCCACUUUUAUAAAGGUACUGAAUCCAAAUGGAAUUUCAAGUCCUUCGCCACCAGAGUUCAUCCCACCGUCUCCUCCUUUUGAACCUCAACCAAAUUUGUCACCAAGUCCUUCACCAUUAGGAGGAGAUGUACCAGAGAUUCUCCCACCAUCUUCACCUCCAGGAAUUCGAAAGAAUUUGGCAGCAAUAUUAUCACUAUCUAUGGCUGGUGGUUUCAUUAUCAUUGUUAUAAUAAUCACGUGCCUUGUGAUGUUGAGGAAGAAAAAACUGGAGGAUGGAGAUGGGGAUGAGGAUGGGGAAGACAAUAUGAGUCAAGUUCCUGGAAUGCUCAUUUCUUUUUCAUACAAGGACUUGGAAGUUGCAACUGAAAAUUUCAAGGAAAAGCUAGGCACUGGAGGAUUUGGAUCUGUGUUCAAAGGAAUUCGAGCAGAUGGAACCAGAGUUGCAGUGAAGAGGUUGGAUAAAAUGAGUCGGGGGAAGAGGGAGUUCUUAGCAGAAGUUGAGACAAUUGGAAGCCUGCACCACUUUAAUCUUGUGAAGUUGGUCGGAUUUUGUGCAGAAAAAUCAUGCAGGCUGCUAGUAUACGAAUACAUGAUCAAUGGAUCUCUGGACAAUUGGAUUUUCUCGAGGGACCGAUCUCAUACUCUAGAUUGGCAAACUCGAAAGAAAAUCAUCCUUGACAUAGCCAAGGGGUUGGCCUAUCUUCAUGAAGAUUGUCGACAGAAGAUAAUACAUUUAGAUAUCAAACCACAUAAUAUUCUCUUAGAUGAAUAUUUCAAUGCCAAAGUCUCUGACUUUGGCCUGUCGACACUGAUUGACAGAAAUGAGAGCCAAGUCCUAACCACAAUGAGAGGAACUCCUGGAUAUCUAGCUCCUGAGUGGCAACAAUUAAGGGUCACCGUAAAAGUUGAUGUAUACAGUUUUGGUAUUGUCCUUCUUGAAAUUGUUACCAAAAGGAAAAAUGUCGAUCCUUCACGGUCAGAGUCUAGCUUUCACCUACUUAAAAUGUUGCAGAAGAAGGCCGAAGAGGAAAAGCUCAUUGACAUUGUUGAAGAUUUGGAUGAAGAAAUGGAAAACAAGGAGGAAGAAAUGGUGAGGACGAUAAAGGUUGCUGCUUGGUGUCUGCAAAAUGAUCAUACAAGAAGGCCUCUCAUGUCUACAGUAGUGAAAGUCUUGGAAGGAGUUAUGGAAGUAGACCAAAAUAUAAUGUAUAUGUUUUCUCAUGCAUUGGCCUCUACAUCUGUUGCAAAUGACCAUAUGACAGUUGCUCCCCAAGCUUCUAUGCUUUCUGCUCCAAGAUGAUUGAAAGCA